UUUACUUUUGCAUGACUCGUUUGUAUGACUGCGUACAUGUGAGCGUGUUAUUUGUCUGCCAUGUCGACAUCCGGAACAUUGACUAGUUACUACGUCGAUUCCCUGAUUCUGCCCGAGAGCGAGGAGCUCUCUGUGCCGAGGUACCCCUCCGGUCCUGGGCUCCAGCCCUCCAGGCAGCCCGCCUCCAUCAGCGACCACAGCGAGCUUGGAACCUGCACUUUCCCGUCCAAACCUCCAGUAUUCGGGCCGUCGUGGAGUCACGUCCCUGCUCAGUUCCCAGGCACAGUCUCUUCAGUGUAUCACCAUUAUGGGCACCCCCAAGGCCCGGUGGGUGCUGAUACAGACGGCCGGUAUCAGUCGUGGCUGCUGGAGCCUAUGUCCGGCUCCCUGCCCAUGUCGGGUCUACCGACGACCCAUCACUACGGAAUCAAACCCGAGGUUCUGGGGACGAGAGGUGACGGUGCUCUGCCCGGCUCCCACACUGCGCUGCUGCUCUCAGAUUACGCCAACGGGACGGUAGCGACGGCAUCACCGGGGGAAAAGGACGCACGGUCCGGCCAAGGAGGGGACACAAGCGGGGAAGGUGAAGAGAAACCGGGCCUCGAUCCAAAUAACCCAGUGGCCAACUGGCUCCACGCAAGUGCCACGAGAAAAAAGCGCUGUCCGUACACCAAGCACCAGAUCCUGGAGCUGGAGAAAGAGUUCCUCUUUAACACCUACCUGACCAGGGACCGUAGGUACGAGGUGGCGAGGCAGUUAAACCUCACCGAGAGACAGGUUAAAAUCUGGUUCCAGAACCGCAGGAUGAAGAUGAAGAAGUUUAAUAAAGAAGGCGCACCGAAAGAGAUUGACUGA